AUGAGUAUUUCAUUUUCCAAACUUCAUCAAAAACCUGACUUACGGAAGGCAAAUACCAAGAUUUUUGCUUAUGGCUGCAAAAACGACCUGAGGACUCUAGGAUUUUUCGUUGCGACAAUUGAAUCUAAAUCCAAAGUAGCUGCUGGAAAAUUCUAUGUGGUCAACGGAAAUUCGGGUACACUUCUAGGAUACGAAAGUGCCAUGGAGCUAGGUAUAAUUCCAACAAUCAACCGCUUGUCAACAGAUGUAGGAGAAAUAUGUGAUGAGUUUGGAGACCUAUUUCAAGGAAUCGGGAAGAUAAAAGAUGUAAAGGUAAAAAUCCAUGUCGACGAUAGUGUAAAACUAAAUGUUCAGCCACACCGACGGAUACCUUUUCAUUUACAGAGAAAAGUAGAAGCAGAAUUGAAAACUCAUGUAGGACUGCACAGGUACAAACGACUCAGUUUUGGAAUUUCAUCAGCUGCCGAAAUUUUCCAAGAGACUGUCAGUGAAUCACUUCAUGGUCUACAAGGUGUCUAG